UUUUGGGCCUUCCUCAGUGAUUAAAGGACCACACGUUUCUCUGGACCUCUUCAGUUUAGUCGCUGCCUCCGGUCCAACGUGCUUGUAUCUCCGGUAGGUGUACGAGCUCAAACCUCGUCAUGUCCAUCACGCUUGUUCUGAUCGCGCUGAUUGUUGGGCUGUUCGCAUGGAGCUGGUACAAGAGACGAACCUAUUUCAAGACGUUGGGGCUGUCCGGCCCGCCUCCCCUACCGAUCGUUGGUAAUAUGCUUUCGUACGGCAAGGGUAUGCAUGUAGCACAUGAAGAAUGGACCAAGCAGUACGGGAAAACAUUCGGUGUGUUUGAGGGUGCUAGGAAGGCCAUUAUUACAUCCGACCUGGAUAUCAUGCAAGAGGUACUCAUCAAGCAAUACAACAAGUUCUGCAAUCGCCAAGAAUUUCCGCUCCGGCCGAAGCUCUUUAAAAACGAUCUUCUGAGUUUGAAAAAUGAGCGCUGGAAACUAAUGCGAAGUAUGGUAGCAUCGACCUUCAGUAAAACCAAAAUGCAAAAGAUGGUGGGUUUGAUCGUGAACCGGUCGGAGAUGCUCAUGAAGAACGUGAACAAGCUUUGUAGCGAAGGAAAGAGUAUUGAGAUUUCCAAAAUGCUGGGCAGUUUUGUAAUCGAGUCUGGCACCCUGUGCGCAUACGCUACAGAGAUAGACUCACAGAAUCUGGACGACACCACCUUCAUUGACAUGGCCGAAUUAUUUUUCCAAGGAUUCAAGGAGCAGCAGACUACUUGGGCGAUCACCCUGAUGAUGCCCUGGAUGGAGCCAGUCCUCCGUUGGUUAGGAUUCUCCUUACAUCCGAUGAAAUCCGUCAAUUUCUUCAAGAGUAUUGUCGUGGAUAUUAUUCACGAACGCAGGGCGGACCCUAACCAGAAGGACUACGUGGACUUCUUGCAACUACUGAUGAACGCCCACAAAUACCAGGACGAGGACACGCCCGAGGAUGAGAAGGUCUACGUGGAUUACAAGCGCGCCCUCACCGAGGAUGAAGUCACUGCCAUGGCCGUUCUUUUUUUCAUAGGUAAUUACGAGACAACCACCACCGCCUUGUGCUUCACUUCGUACCUUCUGGCGACCAACCCGGAGGUCCAGGAACGGCUGAUCGAUGAGAUUGAUAACGUCAUCGGGGAGAGGACUUCCCUUACGUAUGGAGACGUGUCUAAGUUACCAUACCUGGACAUGGUCCUACACGAAUCAAUGAGGAUAUACCCGCCAGCCAUUGAGUUUGACCGAAUUUGUCGGGAGGAUUGCGUUAUCAAAGGCAUCCAAAUCCCGAAGGGAACGAUGAUGGAAUUUCCUGUCUGGGUUGUUCAUCAUGAUCCCGAAAUCUGGCCAGAUCCGUACACGUUUGAUCCCCAACGGUGGUCAGCGGGGAAUCGAGAUAAGAUCCACCCUCUGGCGUGGAUACCCUUCGGCGGCGGGCCCCGUAAGUGUAUCGGCUACCGGUUCGCUAACCUCGAGAUCGCCUUGGUCAUGGUCCGUCUGCUGCAGAAGUAUCGCUUCGAAACGUGCGAGGAGACAGAUAUUCCUCCGAAAGUUGGCAAGCACGGGCUUAUUCUACCCGAGAACGGCAUGACGCUGCGACUGGCCCCACGAAACAAAUAAAAGAAUUGACUGAGGUGUUGGAGAAACAAUUUGCUUUCGGUUUCAAGUGUAAUAUAGUUAUUGUUUAUUACUCCAGAGUUUGUGACGGGGAAACUGGUAAGGAGCAUGCAUUGAACAUUGUUAUUCUCGGGAAUUAUCAAAGCCUUGUUACAAGUACGCAUGCGCAAAUGGCCGGGGAUCAUGACUGAACGUUCGCUCGUACCCCUCCCCCUCCCCCCCCCCCACC